UGUACGUACCUACUAUCGUUCUUGGUUCAUCACUCGUCGUACUGGUUUGUUUAUGUUCGGAUAACCUUAGUGGAUCUAGUCAAGGACGUUCACGAAGAACUUUUAUUUCGCAGCAUCUGUACCGUUUUUAUUGUUUUUAAUAGAUUUUUACUCGCGUAGGAUCAAAUCGUGACCGUGUGGUGGACGGGAAAUGUUGCUUUUCAGUGAAAUUCGCGAAUUUAUGAACAGAUUUUUGAUGUGAUGGAAAGUUUGCCGCUCCCCAACAUCACACUGACCUGACUUGGCCACAACACAAUGCUGUAUAUAGAAAAUCAUACUUAAUAUGCAAGAAUGUCCUUUUCUGGGGUUUGGAGAGUUUGCCUUUUCCUCCAUUUCUUCGCUGUGGUCGCCCCCAAGAUCGUCGAAAAUGACUUCAGAUUUAUUUCUCAUCAGGACCUGUUGCCCACGAUGAAGAAGUUUCCGGUGGAAGGGGUGACUUACUCGCAGAUGCUCUUCGAUGUAUCCAGACAGGAAAUCUUAUUGGGGGCGAAGAACAUGCUGUAUCGCCUGGCCUUCAACGACUUGGAAGUGAAGGAACGGGUCACAUGGAGCCCACCCGAAGAGAAAAUCAAUCGCUGCCUUCAGAAGGGCCAGACCAGGGAGAACUGCGACAACUACAUCAAAGUGCUUUUGAGCAACAGCACGCACGUGUUUGUGUGUGGGACUCACGCGUUUUCGCCCAUGUGCUCCUGGAGGGACAUGGACCAGCUUUCUGAAGUGAUGGAGUACGUGGACGGGAUCGCCAAGUGUCCCUACAACCCGUCGGCCAACGUUACCGGCUUCAUUGCUGACAACGGGGAGUACUACUUUGGGGGGCCCACUAAUUGGGUAGGGUCGGACUCGCUCAUUUCCAAAACCAAUGGGAAAGACCUUCCUGUGCACACUAAGCAGUCGGAUGGGUUUUGGCUUAAUGAGCCACAGUUUGUUGGAAGUUUUGAAAAUGAAAACUAUGUGUAUAUAGUUUUUAGAGAGACUGCAGUUGAAUAUAUCAACUGUGGAAAGAUAAUCUACUCCCGGAUAGCCAGAGUGUGCAAAAACGAUUCGGGAGGCGGCGGAAUAAUACGUGAUAACUGGACGACGUUCAUAAAAGCUCGUCUCAACUGCUCGAUCAGCGGUGAAUACCCCUUUUACUUCAACGAAAUACAAAGCAUGACCCACAUACCUGAAGAGAAUAUCGUUUACGCAACAUUCACCACCGCCACCAACAGUAUUGCGGGUUCAGCUGUGUGCGCUUUCAAUCUGUCCGCCAUCAACGAAGCUUUCACGGGCCCAUUCAAGACCAGAACAAACGACGACGCCUGGAUUCCGCACGAAAAUAAGUUGAAGCGUCACUUUGAAUGCGGAAAACCCGGUUUCGGUACUAGAAAUGAGCUGAUGGAGGUUGGUAAAUACCCGCUGAUGGACAAUGCCAUACAAGCAACCAGCGUCAACCCCCUGCACAUUGGAGAACUGGAACGGUUUACGCAUAUAACGGUGGAUGUCCUUUCCACCAGACUACAAAGCUCUCUACACGUCAUCUACAUAUCAACCCUAGAAGGGUUGAUCAAGAAGUUGAUCGUGCCUCUAGGCCAUGACAAGGCUUGUGUGGUGGAAGUCUGGCAGACGCAAAGCUUCAUCAGCAACAUGCAGUUCCUCAAGAACACCAACUCGAUAUAUCUGACGACCAGCACAGAUUUACUGCAAAUACCGGCGGAACACUGCUCCAGGCACACGUCCAAAGAAAGCUGCAUCAACGCCAUGGACCCGUACUGCGGCUGGAACGAACGCAACGAAAGGUGCUCGCCCCCACCCAUGGACAACCCCCCAAUGUCUAUUUGGCAACAAUCGGUCACGACGUGCCCGGUGCUCGACAACCCGGUGGACGGGGGCUGGUCCACGUGGUCGGGGUGGACCGAGUGCAACCACAACUUCCAGUCCGAGCCCCAAGACAAGUGCUUCUGCAGCACGAGACAAUGUAACAAUCCGGCGCCCGCCAACAACGGGAAGCCGUGCGAAGGCCCCUCGAUUACGGUGAGGAACUGCACCGUGCACGGGGGUUGGUCCGACUGGUCGGCUUGGUCGGCGUGCACCGCCACUUGUGGGGAAGCGGUAAAGACCAGGACGAGGUCGUGCACGAAUCCGGCGCCGGCUUUCGGCGGCAGAGUGUGCGUGGGUCAGGAUAGGUUGGAGGCCAGUUGCACCGAGUUGCCACCCUGUCCGGCCGAUCCGGUUCACGGUGGCUGGAGCGAGUGGAGCGCCUGGAGCCCGUGCAGCCAUUCGUGCGGGUUCAGAAACAGGACGAGGGAGUGCAAUAAUCCGGCGCCGAGGAACGGCGGGAGCUAUUGCAAGGGCAACGACGUGAUGAUCGGCAAAUGUGACCACCACAGUUGCAAGGAGAAGACUGAGAGGAGAACGGUCACGAACAUCACCGAAUGGAUCACCGUGGACACGAAUCUGUCGAUGAAGUACCAAAAGAGGUACAUUCUGUCGUGUAAGGCGCCGGUGACGAACAAAAAUCACAUUGCUUUGACCAUAGACGAGGAAAUACAGUAUUGUGAGAACAGUAAUUGUUCCGGGGACGUUUGGAGUGAGUGUUCCGCGUCUUGUGGUGGUGGUACACAGAAAAAACAUGGACCUUGUAAAGGCAGGAGGUGUACGGAAACGCGGGCGUGCAACACACAUCCGUGCGAGGACUGGAACUGCUGGUCGGAUUGGUCGCCUUGCGAUUCUAACGGGAUUCAAUACAAGACGAGGACGUGCAAGUCCUUGAACUGUCACGGAGCUCAUCGGGAAGAGAGAAGAUGCGAAUACCAGACUUGUGACAGAAAAUGCAGCUCUAGUAAUAUAGUUUUCCUAGUCAUUGGAAUUGUUGUGGGAAUGUUGCCUGGUCUCAUCUACAUGGGUUACUGCACAUUCCUCAAGAAAAAGAAAAACGCGAUUCCCAGUUCUCCGCAUUACAUAACCGAACCAAAUCCGUAUAUGUCAGUGCCCACCAAGGACAAGAUGUCGAAACAAAGCAGUGCCAAAUCAUUUCUCCCCAACAAUGGUACUUUAAAGAAGUUCACCUUUGAUGACGUAGAAAUUAAUACAUUGAAACGAAAUAAUCUUGAAAAAAAUAACUAUAAAAGGGAUGAUAGCUAUUUGUACGAAUAGUUCGACUGAGUAUGUUUUAUUUUGUAAAUAUUGUGAUAAAUUUAGUAUAUAAUUACAGAUAAUAUAACCUGAGGGUCAUCAUCAUAGAUCACAUUAUUUAUUUUAUAUUUAUUAUGACUCAUAUUGAGUUAAAUAUAUAAAAUUUUUAAUAAAAUAUAAAAUUUAUAUAUA